CGAAGAGCAAUGCGAUUUCGUCAAAUACUUUCCUAAUGAAAGACCACAGAAAGCGUGGUGUCUUUGUGGGGGACUCAAUCAAGGACUCUGCUGACCACAGCCAUCUCCUCACCUGCAGGGCAUAUUCAAUCUCGGGCAUUGUGAAAGGAUCCAACAUGAGGUCCUUUCGACCCACUGCUUAGAAUCAGCACCGAGCCCGCCAGCUACCAUACGUACGUCUAUUGAUCCUGUCGCGCGCAGUGGUAGCAGCACAUCACAAAUCUGUCGCCCUGGAGAUGCGCCUGAAACUCGACCCCAAUGUACAAGACUAAUGUUCCUGCUCUCUGACGGUAUAUGGAAUGGUGAAUCCUUGCAUCCGAACAUAUGGCUCUGCGGCCAGCAACCAACUGUGUCUGGUGAGAGUGCAUCUUCCGCUUCUCGAGUCCGCAGAUGGCAUGACAUCCCCUCCUGGCCCUGGGAGGUGCCUCUUUCAGUAUUAGCCAAUAAAAGUCGGCUGGAACAACGUCGAAAUGCCAUCAGCGUACCCCAUGGCCAGGAACAGGAGUAUGUCUCCAAUCCCUCAUCGUUUUCGAUUCCUUCCGUCACGGUUUCUCAGCUACAAGGAUUCGGUACAGCAUACAGGGUACCAGUUGACUCAGAGCAACGGUCUUCGAUGUUUACCUCUAACACCCGCGAUCAACACGACAGCCCGUCCAGGCAUUCGGCACCCCAAGCGACGAUAGUACGAUGGCCCCCUGUGUACAUGGUGCCAAACCGACAUAUCGAUUGCCAAUCUUGCUGUUAUUCCGUCAAUACUCCUCUGUUUGAAUACCCUCCAUAUACAUCCUUCAGUCAAAUGGACUUGAGCAAUUCAGCCAUGCAGAACUUGUACAUCCAUCCUUAUGUGCAAGAUAGCAAUAUGGCGUAUGAUGGAUUUGAUAUGAGGUCUCAGCUUCCAAUACCAAAUGAAUGGAUCGCCAUGCGGUUGCAGCCUUAUGCGUCUGGAGAUAAUAGCGGGAGACCUCCUACUGCGGGACAAGGCAGGCGAGGAAUGGGCCAUCAAUCGUACCACGGAUAGCAAGAAGCAAGAAACGAUAUUUCGACCACAAGAAGAGAUGGAGAAAGCUGGACUUUCUCUACUUCAGUCGUCUUCAUUCCUUUUUUUUCUUAGUCCCUCAGUUUGCUUAGCCGUUUCAUUUUUUUUUUUAUAAAAGCCGUGAGCAAUAAACAUUGUACAAAG